CCUCCCACCGACAGCCAUGAGUUAUGCGUCAGCAGUCGAGAAUGGCAAGGCCAUAGACACCGCGCCGACGGCCCCUAACGCACCGCCAGCAUCCUCAUGUAAACCAGUAUUCUUUCUGGAGAAGGAUGUUCAUGCCGUUAGUCCUUCCGAGACUUUCUUCACGAACGUCGAGGUCUACAAAGCUGUUGCGCGCCGUGUUCAAGCGUCAAACAUAGCCGGAAUACAACAGGUUCGCGGCCUGUGGCGUCUCUACCUACGCGAUCCAGAGGAACGUGCUUCUCUCAUCGCGUCAGGGAUCAGCCUCCGCGACAGGUAUGUUGAAAUCAGUGACAAUCACCCUUUUCAACAGCGAAACGGAGUUAGAAUCACAGUUCGAGAUGUGCCCCUUUCCGUAGACGAUGGAGUUCUAGCGUCUGGCCUGAAAAGCUACGGGGCUAAACUUCUCGGGCCUUUGAAACGUGAAAUGCUUCGAGUCGACGGUAUGCUGACCAACUGUGAAACCGGCGACCGAUUCGCCUUCAUGGCUAUUCCGACAAACCCUACUGAGCACAUUCCGAGAUUUGUCGAGCUUGGAGGGCGAUGGAGGGCAAGAGUGUUCUACCGAGACCAACCUAAGGACCAGACGCGACCGCGACAUGUCCCUAAUGACAGUGCUCGCGUGGCUUCUACCCUUGCUCCACGUCCCCCUACCGACACCACUGCUGGGAAUGAAGAAUCCAGUAAUGAACAGCAGAGUCGGGUCAGCACAGCUUUUGUUCAGCUUGCCCCCAGCUCACCUGAAGAGGAAGAUCACAGAGACAGGCCUGAGCAAUCUCAGGUUAACAGGGGAAAACAGAGCCAAAUCACAGACUAUGUUGCACCAGCAACUCGUACUAGGAACAGGGGAAGACCCCGGCCCCAGUCCCAGACAACGAACAAGACUACCGCACCAACCGUGGCAACGAGAAGUACCACAAAGAAGAACCAGUCCUCCACUACAACUAGCAGCAUAAACACAGACGACCAAGCAGCGAUCAUGAGACAACGCAUCGACGACCUCGUCGAGACAAGUCGUAAUGCUGCCAGUGGAACUCACAUCGAUACUCCUGGCAACUUCCGCAGAGUCAGCCCCGAAGACGGAGGCCUGAACUGUUAGACAUGACAUUACUUGGGA